UUCGUGUUCUGUCAUCGUCGUUCUGUCUCUGUAUGUAGUGAAGUGUGCGGUUGUCAAAAGUAGAAAAUUCAUUCUUCAGUUUGAGGACAUUGUCAGCGAAAAACGUAGCGACGGGCGAAAUUGCAAAACAGAAAGAUUCCUGCAAGUCGUACACGUCCCACCACACAGUUCCCAGUCGUGCAGAGACGGUCAUUCAGUUGAUUUUCGUAGAAAGUAGUUGUUGCGUCGAUCGCUCUCGGUUCUUUUUUCUACACGGUCUAUUAUUAUGGCAAGUGACGAUGACAGUGUCCUAAGAAAUCACUACAAUAAUAAUGAGACGGUGGUCCCGUCGUCGGCUCCGGCACCCGCGGCGGCGGCAUCGUCCACCAUCACAGCAGGACCGAGUAUGUCCGCGACUUCAAACUUGUCAUCACGUUAUCCCGGGACAGGAUUCACAGUUGGAGGUGGCGAAAGCAGAAGUCCCCGAAGCGCAAACACAGAUGGUUACACGCCAGAGACACAGCCGCGCCGAGAGGAGAACCCAUUUUCGUUUAAACAUUUCUUAAAUCGCGAUACAUCCACAACCACAGCCUCGUCCACAGCAUCCUCGUUAGGUAGCAGCAGUAAUAGUAAUUUACACAAUAAUAGCAACGUGUCAGUGACGGCAAAUGCACCGCAUAGCAAUGAACAGUUUAAGAAUAGUCCAAACAACAAUAGCAAUCCAAUCAACGGGGACAACACGGAGUGCACGGGGACGUUGUCCAGCUCGAUGCCGGACGCCGUUCCCACGAUAGUCUCAUCCACGGCUACUUCGAACGUCACACCCACCCUACCCACUGCAACCACGACCUCAUCCUCAUAUCAGUCCUCGACAGGAGCACGGCCCAAGGUUCCUCAAUCGAUUCUUGGUGGUCAGCAGUCGCAGGCUCCCUUGCAAUCGUCGUCUGUAUCGGCAUCGUCCAUCUCUUCGCUGGUGGGGGAGGGGCCGAAAAUGAAACGAUCUCCACGCUUCUCCUCAUUCGACUCGCAAGCCAGCUUGGCUGAGUUUGCAGGCAACACAGCCAACAACGCAGGCGGAGCGAACUUGAAAGCGAAUGAAUGUCUGACUGGGACCGGGCUGUGUAACGAAAAUCCUGGAAAUAGUAUGAAUAACUUCUUUCCGAAUGGUGCAGAUUUCGCUCGGCAACAGUACGUGCACCGGUCGUUCUCAAACUACGAUAUGGACGGGGCGCAGUCUGUGUCGCCACAUCGCAAUCGAAUCUCUCCGCCCGGUGGCCUUUCCUCGUCCAACAUGUUCCAUCCGAACCAUCUCAACUUGAAUUCUGCGGCGGGUAGACAUCCUGGUGGCAGACAGUCAUCUAAAAAUCACCAACAGCCAAUUGGCUCACACAUGCACCCGAAUCGACCCGGCGCCGAGUACUCCGCCGCCCUGCCUGACUUCGUGCAGGAUCACUGGAUAGACCAGUGGUACUGCAGUCUCGACAUGAACAUCAAUUCGCCGCCCAACUCUCCCAUUUCACCAGUUGAUUUCGUCGAGGAUUUACACAGCAUAGCAGCGAACCCAGCAGAUAUUUGCCAGACAUUGCCUGAUUUCCUGUCAGACGGACCGAUCAUCCAUUCGGCUGGCCGGUUGGCGGACGUGGCGGCCGGACUGCCGGGACUUGAUUCGCCCGAAGAGAAUUCGCCAAGUUUACAGUUAUCACGCCUUAGGUUAGAGAAUGAACGACUGCGACGGGAAUUGGAUGAGAGUAGGCUGGCACUGGCUGAACAGACACGACGAGCUGGCGAACUGGAAAGACGCUUAGAGCAGGAGAGGUCGAAUGAGAGCGCGUACAGUGCGAGUUUGGCACAAAGCAUGGAGCAAGUUGAGGAGACUUUAGAUCAGAGUAAGAAACGAGCGGUAGCUGCCCAAAAUCAGGUGUCGAAACUGAAACAACAAGUUAAGCAGUUGACGGCGGAAGUGGACACGCUACGACGGGAGAACGAGUCCUUACGUGAAGAUGGGGCGGUCGGAGGUGAUAGAGUGACGCGAAGACCGUCUAGAACGCAGCAACUUUCUAGGGACUUAAGACGAGCUGCAUCAACGGCUGAAAAUAAUUUAAGGCAACUGUUGACCGGUGUUGAAAAUUUACGCUUAAUGGCGGCGACCAUUGAAAACAUGGAUCGCUUGGAUUGCGGCGAUGCAAGCAAUCAAGCGAAUCCCAUCAUCAAUGAAGAAUACUUGUCGGAUAGCGACGUGGAUUUCGAUGAUUUUACUGGGCCAGCCUUAUAAAAAUUGGCUUAGCAACUCAACCAAGCAGCAAACAUAAAUAUGCAUCAGCAAGACAAGAAAUGGUCGAAAUAUGAAUAAAACAAAACAAAAAAAAUAAUCAAUGAAAACAUAAAGAAGUUUAUCCCUCAAGCAGUUGCUUAUGAUCAUUGUCCUAUUCUACCCGAGGACGGCAGGAAAGAUAUAAUCAACUCACUGCAAUCAUAUUUGUGAUUAUAAAAUGCAUGAAAAAAUUAGUUCCGAUCCGAAUGGUAAGCGUAACCGGGGCAAUGCCGGAAAUUUGAGCCGUUUGGCAGCAACUUUUUGGGAGAAAAAACGAGGAUCGUAAAUAUAUAUGGAACAAAUAAAAGAAAAACUGUGAGAUAAAAACAAAAAACUAUUUCUAUUUAUAUUAAUUAGUUAUUUAAAACAUGAGAAAUAAAAAUAACGCGGAAGCGAGAGUCGAGAAGAAUUCAAAAGGGAUCGAAUGGAGAACGGAGCGCGAAGCAAAUGAAAGGAAAAAUGAUACUUUUUUAAAGGAUUUUGUAGAAAAUACAAAACCUUAUUAGUUUCGAUUGCGUCUGUGUUGCAAUUUAUAUUGUUUUAGACAAAAACUUAAACCACUACAUGCAAAUUUUAUGGAUGUUUCCUUCUUUUUAUGUUAGGAGUUUUGCGUCUCAUCGUUGUAAAAUAAUUUCAUAUUGUUUGUAUGUUCGUUCAUUAAUUUGUUUGUCUGAUGCGAAGAGAGUAAGUAAGAAACAUAGCGCGCGCGAGUGUCUAGAAGCGAAAUUGUAAUUGAAACAAUAAUAUUAAUUACACAAAACCUUAAAAAGAAACUGCAUUAAGUGAUAGAGACAUUGGGGACGAAUAAUUUUUGAGCUUUUAUUUUUCGAAUUUUUGUCUUCAGGAUAUUUUCCUUUCUAACGAGCGAAAGUUUAAAAUAAAGCACAUUUGCAAGGAGUCUUGUAAUAAACUGUAAUUUUUUUUGUUGUGGACCCUCCAGUCAUUGGAGGAUACUCCGGAGUAAAUUGAGUUUGCAGCGUAAAUUGGGAGCUCAAAAUUCAGGCAUCAAAACUGAGAUAAGCUUUUAAUGAAGGAUUACUUAUUAUUAUUGUAUAUUGUUGGUUAAAGUGUAUUCAAAAUCUGACCCUCAGUUUCAACCCCCGUUGACUGUUUGUCCUGCGAAGCUUAUUGGCACAAAAAAUGCGUAAGAAUUCGAAUCAAACUCUGUAUUUUGUACUCAAUAAGGACCGCUGUUCAUUUUUCUUAGCUAGUUAAAUAUCCUUUCUGUUGUCUCUGCAAAAUGGUGCGCAAAUACAAUGAGAUUUCGUGAAAGAACAAUCUCUUGAAGAUUAUUCAAAUGAAUAUUGGAAAUGUAUUGGAUUUUAAUAAUAGAAAAGAGUCGAAAGAGGAGGAAGUGCGAAA